CCCUGCUCCAGUUUUGGCGCCGGACCUGGGACCCAGGGUCUGAACAAGGUGCUGCUCUGUGGGUUCCUGGACCCCUGAGGUGGGACAUUCGCGAGUCUCAGCUCCGUGACCGACGGAGAGACUUUCCUCCUAGAACUGGAUGAGAGGGUUUCUUGCCCCCCAUGUCCAGGACCCCGAGGGCUGCUGCUGCAGAUAACAGGUUUGCUCAAGGAAAGGUCCAAAAGAAAGCUAUUACCUACAAAGCUAACUGGGAUACUGAUGUCUUAAAAACAUUCCUGAAUAGAAGUUUUCAUCAGCAAAAGGAGUCUGAGAAAGCAUUGGAUGCUUAUUGCUGAGACUGAGAGUGAAAAACCAGAGGAAGACGGUUGGUAGCAGAACUAUCGACAAUGCAAACACUGGAAUCGGUGACCUUCAAUGAUGUAGCGAUAGAUUUUGAUGCAGAAGAGUGGGCCUUGAUGGACACAACACAGAGAAACCUGUUCAGAGAUGUUAUGCUGGAGAGUAUCCAUCAUCUGGUGUCAUUGGGGUAUCAGCUCUGUAAAUCAGAAGUGAUUUCCCAGUUGGAACAAGGAGAGGAACUGUGGAGAGAAGGAUUAGGAUUUCUCCAAGGACAGAGUACAGGCAGACAAAGUGACCACAGAAAAGAAGAAAUAAUUAUACCAUGUAUCUGCAAUAAGGACAGAUAUACCAUCGAGUCAAAGCAGCAGAUUUCUAACAUUGGAGAAGAUCCCUUUGGAAGUAUUGAUCUGGGAAAAGAUUUAAUUCACUCAAGAUUGGCUGACAUGGAAACAAAGCCCUAUCUAAAUGAACAAUUUCAAAAAACUAUCAAUUUCACGUCAUUCUUUAGUAGACAUAAGCAAAUUCGGGCAGGAAAUAAUUCAUAUGACUGUCAUCUGUGUGGAAAAGCCUUCAGAAAUAUUUCUGUCCUUAGACAGCAUGAGAGAACUUGCACUGGAGAGAAACGAUAUGUCUGCCAUCUAUGUGGGAAAUCCUUCAGUCGACGUUGUAACCUUAAGGAACAUGAGAGAAGCCACACUGGGGAGAAAGCCUGUGUCUGCCACCAAUGUGGGAAAAUCUUUACUGAUAGCUUUAAGCUCAGAGUACAUGUGAGAACUCACAAUGGGGAGAAACCAUACAUUUGCCAUCUGUGUGGGAAAUCCUAUAACUACCGUGUUAACCUUAGGCAACAUGAGAAAUCUCACACAGGGGAGAAACCAUAUGUCUGCCCUUUUUGUGGGAAAGACUUCACUCGUAGAACUGCCCUCAGACCACAUGUGAGAACUCACACUGGGGAGAAACCAUACAUCUGCCAUGUAUGUGGAAAAUCCUUCAAUCAUUGGUGUAACCUUAGGGAUCAUAAGAGAACUCACACUGGGGAGAAACCAUAUGUCUGCAACACAUGUGGGAAAUCCUUCAGUCAAUGUGGUAGCCUUAGUAAUCAUAAGAGAACUCACACUGGAGAGACACCGUAUGCCUGCCAUCUAUGUGGGAAGUCCUUCAGUCAACGUGGUCACCUUAGGGGACAUGAGAGAACUCACACUGGGGAGAAACCAUAUGUAUGCCAUCUAUGUGGGAAAGGCUUCACUCAUCGUACUGCUCUCAGACGACAUGCAAGAAUUCACACUGGGGAGAAACCAUACAACUGCCAACUAUGUGGGAAAUCAUUCAGUCAUUGUGGUAGCCUUAGGAAUCAUGAGAGAACUCACACUGGGGAGAAACCAUACAUCUGCAAUGUAUGUGGGAAAUCCUUCAGUCAGUUUGGUAGCCGUAGGAAACAUGAGAGAACUCACACUGUGGAGAUACCAUUUGUCUGCAGUGUAUGUGGGAAAUCCUUCAGUAAAAGUGGUCGACUUAGGCAACAUGGGAGAACUCACAAUAGGGACAAAGCAAAUGUCUGCCAUUUAUGAGGUAAUCCUUCAGCCAGUGUGGUACCCUUAGGCAAAUUCGGAGAACUCACAUGGGAAGAAACCAUAUGUCGGCUUUUUUUGCGGGGAAGGCUUCACUGUUAGAGUGACACUCAGAAAACACAAGAUAAUUAACACUGGGAGAAAACAUGUCUGCCAUGUAUGUGGGAAAACUAUUAGACAUAAUUCUACCAUUAGGAACAUCAUAGAACUCAUUUACUAUGUUGGGCAUGUGGAAGGGUUUUCAGACAGAGCUACCAACUAUAAAAAGUUAAAAAAAACCAAAACCCACACAGGAGUAUAAAUCCCUGUCAAUGUAAUCAGUGCCUGAAUGCCUUUAUUUACAAUCUAUCCUUAAAUAACAUGAUUACACUAUCCUGGGAGAAACACUCUGUAAUUACAUAUAAUAGAUUUCAGCUGAGCUCCAGCCUUGGCACAUACAAGAAUAGUUCAGAGUAGGAAUAACUGCAAAAUCAAAAUACUGGAUAUUUGGAAAAACAUUAUCAGUGAGAGGAAACUGAAGGAGAAUUCUAGGAGAUAAUUAUUAAUGGAACAAUAAUUCAAAGAUGAUAUGUGUGAAAUCCAUUGCUUACACAGCAAUGUGUGGAAUAUAUGUGAAGUUUCACAUUUUAUGAAAUACUCUCUGAAAAUAUACAUAUAUGAAUGAAAAGUCCUUGGUGGCUUUGAAUUUAUUCAUCAGUGUUUUAAUUUCUCAUAUUGAGGAAAUGUCAACCCUAAAAUAAAAUCACGAAGUGUUCAGCUGGAGUUCACAUCAGGAAUAUCAGACAGGGAAAAACAUCUAACAACAAUGUUUUACAACACAAUUCAACCAUGAAUUCAGAGUUUUACCUGAAAAAUAAAACUAGGAUUGUGAAGUGAUCCAGGAAUGCUGAAUGCAGUAUUUUUUAAUGAGUUGUAGGGAAGGAAGUCAAAGUUUUUCCCAAUACACUUGCAAAUAAUUAUGAUAUGAAAGCUGUAGCUGAAAAUUCUAUAAUGUUGGUCAGCUUCUAUUUUUUCAUAGAACUGUAAACAUAAAUAUUAUGAGUGUUAAACCAGGGAACUUUGUUAACUGAAGAAUAUACAGACCAAGAUUAUGUGUCGUAAAUAUUAUAUACUUUGAACAAGUAUGCAUAUAGCAAUAAUGAAUAGAAUAUAAAUAGAUAACUUGGGAUUAAUUUCUGGUGAUGAGACAUUUUCCUUUACACUGCCACUAUUGGUCUUGUACCUUAAAAUGGAAUUAAAAUUCACUCUUUAAGAAUUAUAUGGUUGUAAGUCAUGGAGUAUUGAGAAGCCUGGGAAUGGGAAUUCUCCCAGUCUUGAUCAGGCAUUGGGGUCAUUCCCUCCAUUAAAAAUGGGUUGUGGGGGAUCAAAGAUGGCAGAUUAGUAGAUAAAGAGCAAAAUUCUCCUCCAGGAAAAAUACUAGAUA